AUGGGAUAUAUAAUUGUGCAUAACGAAGAUUUGUGUACUAAAUUGCUAAAAAAAGUACGUCAUGUUGCACAAUAUCACUACACCUCUUGGAACGAUUUGCAAGCACCAGAAUGUACCACUGGGUUAUUAAGAUUUUUGUCUAAAUUGCGUAGGCUAGACGACUAUAUUCGUGGCCCUGUUGUUGUUCAUUGUAGUACUAGCCACCUAAGUAAUUAUAGUGCUGGGGUUGGUCGCACUGGCACUUUUAUCGCUAUUGAUGGUUUGUUGGACCAAUGUGUAGAAGAGGGUAAAGCAGAUGUUUUCGGUUUUGUAUCGGAAAUGAGGAAACAAAGAAACACCAUGGUUCAAAAUGCUGAGCAGUAUCUUUUUAUUUACAAAGCUUUGGCUGAAUGGUACAUGUUUGGUGAAACAGAUGUUGAAGUAAGCCAAUUUCGUGAGCAUUAUCGCGUCUUAAAUGAAUCUCAGUAUCGUGAGCAACAGCCAGUAAUUAAUUUAUCCAGUAGCCUGUCAGCAGUAACUGCAGUCGUUCAGCGAACAACACCAAAGUUGCAACAAUUUAAUGGAACUUCAACUCCCGAAAGAGCAUCGACAGCGAUGGAGGCUGAAUACAAGAGACUGGAGCGUACACUGGAGCCAAGACGAACCUGUAACUUUGCUCAUAAGCCUGAAAAUGUUUGCAAGAACCGAUCGGAGAAUGCAGUUCCUUUCGAUCAUUGUCGUAUUGUUUUACCAGUGGUUAUUGGAAGUGUAUAUGACUCGACAUAUAUAAACGCAUCAUUGAUCAAGGGUUAUUUCUACCCCUAUAUAUUAGCUCAGGACCCGAUGAACGAUGAAACAUGCUAUGAUUUUUGGUGUAUGAUCAGUGAACAAAAUUCACGUGCGAUUGUGAUGCUAUCAUCAGAAUCCGAAUUCAUGCCUGCUGAGAAAUAUUGGCCAACUGAAAUGGGACGUACGAAGACAUUUGAGCGUGAUAGUGAAGUAUCUAUAAAGUUGGUUGGCGAAGAAUUAUUUUCAACAUUUACUCUCAGGAAAUUCACUUAUAAGUUUGCAAAGGAGAAAACAUAUCGCGAAGUGAUGCAGUAUUGUUACCUGUGCUGGCCCGCAAAUAAAAUAGUUCCAGAAUCAACUGAAUCUCUGAUCGACUUAAUAAGUCGAGUGCUUUCUUUGCAGAGUGAUUUUCAGGAAGCUGGUCCUAUUAUUUUACAUUCAAGAGACGGUUCAUUCAAAACGGGUGUGUAUUGCUGUGUAUCAUUAUUGCUCGAAAGGCUUAAAGCAGAAAAUCGUAUUGAUGUUUUUCAAACUGUGCGCAGUUUGCAACAGAAACGACCACUUAUGUUUACUAAAUUUGAACAAUACGCAUUCUGUUACACGGCCGUGAUUGAUUAUUUGGAUACAUUCAAUUACAAAAGUACGAAUAACUGA